AUGGCUGACAUCAAUGUUUAUGUAACUUCGGAUUUGACAUCUUCUGAAAGAAGAAUAUCUCCUCAAUGGACCACAGAGCACUUGAAGGAAAAAUUAGAGCAUAUCACAGGUAUCCCUCCGCAAUCUCAGGAAUUACAUCAUUACCCUACCCAUUCUUCAAACUCAUACAAAAUAAUAGGUCAAGAUCCAGAUACAACAGUGUCAGCAUAUGCAAUUGCACCAUACUCACGGAUCCACGUGCUUGAUAAGAACCCUGACUCGGAGUUGGGUGCUUUGGUAGAUGAUGAGGCUACUGGGUCCACGUCUGAGGAAUUCAAAUUGACUGAAGAAGAAUACUCCAAAAGGGAAGGUUCUGUCUUACAAUGGAAACAGUCAAAUAAACUAGGAAGAUUUGAUCCUGAAUACGUGAAGAGAAAGAAUGAGACUCUUGAAGAAAACGAGUCCAAGGCAAAGAAUAUAAAGGUGGGAGAUAGAUGUCGUAUCAUUAACAUUCAAGGUGAAAGAAGAGGUGAAGUUAAAUUUGUAGGUAAAAUAAAUGAAUUGGACAAGGGUGAGAAUAUAUGGGUUGGUAUUGAGUUUGAUGAACCAGUGGGGAAAAAUGAUGGUUCUAUUGAUGGUACUCGUAUAUUUUCCAGUCGUCCCUCUCAUGGUAGCUUCUUAAAACCAAAGAUAGUUGAAGUUGGUGACUUUCCAGAGUUGAACCCAUUUGACAAUGAUAGUGAGGACGAGUUAUAG